AGAGAGAGAGAGAGAGAGAGAGAGAGAGAGAGACAGAGACAGAGGGGGGGAAAAGAGAAAUGGAACCUCUUAGGCAAAGUGUCUCCUCUAUUUUUGCGCUGGAGGAAAUCAAGAAUAAUUUGUUCAGAAAUGCCAUGAAUGGCAAAUGGGUUGAAGUGAUCAAAAUAUAUGCAGAACAUCCAGAGGCUCACAAAGCCAAGAUCACCAGAUCAAAAGACACUGCGUUACAUAUAGCCAUAUCAGAAGGCCAAGUUACCAUUGUCGAACGACUGAUGCAGAUUUUGCGAAAACAAGAAAAUGUGGGUGAGGUUUUAACAAUUGGCAAUGAACAGGAAAAUACGCCUCUUCAUUUGGCCGCGUCCCUUGGGAAUGUAGAGAUGUGCAGACUCAUUGCUGAUGUCGACUCGACACUAAUUGGGAAACGUAAUAAGGAUGAAGAGACUCCUUUCUUCCAGGCUGUUUUAAAUGGCAAGAGGGAUGCUUUUCUUUGCUUACAUUACAUUUGUAAGCCAGACGAACGCUAUUCGUACUGCAAGAAGAAACAUGAUGGAGAGACAAUUCUGCAUUCAGCCAUUUCAGGAGAAUAUUUUGAUUUAGCAAUUCAUAUAAUUCGGUUAUACCCGAAACUAAUGAACGCGGUCACCGUGGAUGGAGUAACACCACUUCAUCUUCUGGCAUGUAAGCCUUCUGCAUUCAGAAGUGGAAGUUAUAUAAGAGGGUUUCACAAACUUAUUUACUACUGUAUAUUUGUUGAUGAACCUGAGGACACUGUCACGGUUCACGCUUUGCAACAAGGCUCGCAAUUUGAUACCAAAGCAAGUUGUCCAGAAAACUAUCACACCUGCUUUGGAUUUGUUCAUUUAGUGAGCAAAAUAUUUCGAGUACUGACGGGAUGUGAUAAAAAUGAGAACAAGGAGAAAAAAGAUGCAGGAAGUUGUGAAAAUGAGAUCAAGGGGACAAGAGAUGCAGAAAAUCCCAAGGAUAAGCAAUCUGAUAUACAAAGACAGCAACCUGAUACUAAUCAUGGGCGUUCACACCUUCCUCCUAAUUAUGUCACAUGCUUUAAUGCCAUUAAACUCAUAUCCAAAUCAAUAUUGGUUAUUCUUGGCUUUGGGUCUCGUGACAUUGUAAAGCUACGCGAAAAAAAAGAAAAGCACAUUUGGUCAGUCCAAAUCAUGAAUGAGCUUCUUGAACAAGCUUCUCCCUAUGAGUAUGAAAAUAGUGGAGAGAGUCCCCAACGUUUUAUGUCGCAUAAACACGAUGAAGAAAGUCCUUUCUCAGUUCUUGGUGCAGGAUUCCCGUCUGAUAUUCCUAGUGUUGACCAUUUGUCCAAGCCGGAUGAUGAUCAAACACCCAAAACUAGCGAUAGAGUGGAAAGGAAAAAUGGCACCAAUGGAAAUGGUAACAAAAAAAAGAGUCAGGAAAUCGAAAAUGGGGAGACACCACUACUUAUUGCUGCAAAGAACGGUGUGGCCGACAUGGUGGAAAAGAUUAUUACACUUUUCCCGGUGGCUAUUCAUGACAUGAACACAAGCAAGAAGAACGUAGUAUUGUUGGCGGUGGAAAAUAGGCAGCCUCGUGUUUACAAGUUUUUACUCAAGAAGACGAUAAUGAAAGAAUCCGUUUUUCGGAAGGUAGACAAAGAUGGGAAUAGUGCUUUACAUCUUGCUGCAAAGCUGGGAGAUAAUCGGCCUUGGCUUAUACCUGGCGCUGCAUUGCAGAUGCAAUGGGAAAUAAAGUGGUACGAGUUCGUCAAGGAUUCCAUGCCAUUGCACUUCUUUGUACGUCACAACAAGGAGAGCAAGACCGCAAGGGACAUAUUCACUGAAAGUCACAAGGAACUCGUCAAGAAUGGCAGCAAAUGGCUCAUCAACACCUCCACGUCAUGCUCCGUCGUGGCAGCCCUCAUAGCCACUGUCGCUUUUGCCACUUCCUCCACCUUUCCAGGGGGCUUUAAGGAAGAAAGCGACAAACCCACCUUCGCAAACGAGCCAGCAUUUAACAUAUUCUCCGUAGGAUCCCUUGUAGCACUCUGUUUCUCUGUGACAUCAGUGAUCAUGUUCCUAGCAAUACUCACCUCCAGGUGCUAUUGAAUUAUCUUAUCUAAGAAUUUAAGCUGUUACACACAAUACACAUGCCACUGCCACCCAUAUUAAGAUUUUUUCAUCAAAGUCUAUGCGAGAUUUGAUAUCAAAACUAUUUCAUGUGCUGUGUAAUACUAUAUAGAGCUAUAUCAUCUAAAAAAAUAAGCUGUUUG